GGGGGCCCCUUUGACUUGGAAAUGAACUUUAUCAUCCAAGAAGGAGAGGGCAUCACCUGCAUGGUAGAAUUACUGGACAAAUGUGACAUCACUCUCCAGGCUGAGGUGUGGAGCAUGUUUACAGCAAUCUUGAAGAAAAGUAUACGCAACCUACAAGCGUGCACAGAAGUGGGGCUCGUUGAACAAGUGCUCAAGAGGAUUGACAGAGCUGACAACAUGAUUGCAGAUCUCUUAGUGGAUAUGCUGGGUGUGUUGGCUAGCUAUAACUUGACAGUUCGAGAGCUAAAGUUAUUCUUCAGCAAGCUUCAAGGAGAAAAAGGGAGAUGGCCACCACAUGCUGGGAAGUUACUGUCUGUAUUAAAACACAUGCCUCAGAAGUAUGGACCUGAUGCCUUCUUCAACUUUCCAGGGAAAAGUGCUGCAGCUAUUGCCUUACCUCCUAUAGCCAAGUGGCCGUACCAGAACGGAUUUACCUUCCACACUUGGCUAAGAAUGGAUCCUGUAAAUAAUAUCAACGUGGAUAAGGAUAAGCCUUACUUAUAUUGUUUUCGAACAAACAAAGGACUUGGUUAUUCUGCUCACUUUGUUGGAGGCUGCUUGGUUGUAACGUCCAUAAAAUCAAAGGGAAAAGGUUUCCAGCAUUGUGUAAAAUUUGAUUUCAAGCCACAAAAGUGGUAUAUGGUUACUAUAGUGCACAUCUAUAACCGCUGGAAGAACAGUGAACUUCGAUGUUACGUGAAUGGGGAACUGGCAUCUUAUGGAGAAGUCACAUGGUUUGUCAACACCAGUGAUACAUUUGACAAAUGUUUCCUGGGUUCUUCUGAAACAGCAGAUGGCAAUCGAGUGUUUUGUGGGCAAAUGACAUCCGUUUACCUCUUCAGUGAGGCUCUCAAUGCUGCUCAGAUCUUUGCCAUUUAUCAGCUUGGUCUGGGAUACAAGGGAACAUUCAAAUUCAAGGCAGAAAGUGAUCUUUUCCUUGAUGAACAUCACAAAUUGUUGCUGUAUGAUGGCAAACUAUCCAGUGCUAUCGCGUUUAUGUACAAUCCAAGGGCUACAGAUGCACAGCUGUGUCUGGAGUCAUCCCCUAAGGAUAACCCGUCUAUUUUUGUUCAUUCACCACAUGCCCUCAUGCUGCAGGAUGUGAAAGCAGUCUUAACGCAUUCUAUCCAAAGUGCCCUGCACUCCAUUGGAGGAGUGCAGGUACUUUUCCCUCUCUUUGCACAGUUAGACUAUAGGCAAUAUUCAUCAGACCACGUUGACACAACUGUUUGUUCUACUUUAUUGGCUUUCAUCAUGGAGUUGUUGAAGAACUCCAUUGCUAUGCAAGAGCAGAUGCUUUCCUGUAAGGGCUUCCUUGUGAUAGGAUAUAGCCUAGAAAAGUCUUCCAAAGCCCACGUUACCCGAGCUGUGCUAGAACUUUGCCUUGCCUUUUCGAAAUACCUAAGCAAUUUACACAAUGGGGCACCCUUGCUGAAGCAGCUGUGUGAUCAUGUUCUCCUUAAUCCUGCAAUAUGGAUUCAUAUCCCAGCACAGGUUCAGCUGAUCCUGUACACUUACCUGUCUACUGAGUUCGUUGGCACUGUUAACAUAUAUGGUGCAAUCCGGCGGGUUGGGACCGUUCUUUUGGUCAUGCAUACCCUAAAGUAUUAUUACUGGGUAGUGAAUCCUCAGGAUCGCAGUGGUAUAACUCCCAAGGGCAUAGAUGGGCCACGGCCUACUCAAAAAGAGAUUUUAUCUCUGCGAGCAUUCUUAUUGAUGUUCAUUAAACAGCUAGUGAUGAAGGACUACGGAAUAAAAGAAGAUGAAUUGCAGGCUAUCCUCAAUUAUCUGCUUACUAUACACGAGGAUGACAAUCUAAUGGAUGUCUUACAGUUGCUUGUUGCUCUGAUGUCAGAGCAUCCCGGUUCUAUGAUCCCUGCUUUUGAUCAGAGGAAUGGAUUACAGGUUGUCUACAAGCUUUUAGCAUCCCAAAGUGAAGGCAUCAGGGUGCAAGCUCUAAAAGUGAUGGGAUAUUUCUUAAAGCAUCUUGCUCCAAAGAGAAAAGCUGAAGUCAUGCUUGGACAUGGAUUGUUUUCUUUGUUGGCUGAAAGGCUGAUGCUUCAGACAAGCUUAAUCACCAUGACCACAUACAAUGUCCUAUUUGAGAUUCUGACUGAACAGAUUUGCACUCAAGUGAUACAUAAACAACAUCCUGACUCAGAUUCAACAGUGAAGAUACAAAAUCCUCAGAUUUUGAAGGUUAUUGCAAUCCUGCUACGUAAUUCUCCACAGUGUCCAGAAACUCUGGAGGUUCGGCGAGCCUUUCUCUCAGAUAUGAUUAAACUUUUUAAUAACAGCAGAGAAAAUAGGAGGAGUUUGUUGCAGUGCUCUGUCUGGCAGGAGUGGAUGCUUUCCCUUUGCUGUUUUAAUCCAAAGACUUCUGAGGAACAGAAGAUAACUGAGAUGGUGUACACCAUAUUUCGAAUUUUACUCUACCAUGCAAUCAAAUAUGAGUGGGGUGGCUGGCGUGUUUGGGUGGAUACGCUGUCAAUCACACAUUCGAAGGUAACUUUUGAAAUGCACAAAGAGAGUCUUUCUCAACUGUACAGGGAGUACCAAGGGAAAGGAGGUGAAGGAAGUGAAGUAUGUUCUUCAACUCCAAUUAGAACAAUCUCUGGAGUUAGAAAAGAAGCUGAAACCAAGGAAAAGCAACAGUGUGUGGAGUUAACAGAAGUUGCUGCUGCUCCUUCCUGUGUUAUUGGUGAUGAUACGGAGAGCAGUACUGAAAACAAAGAGACACAUACCUCAUUGGAUGGUGACCAACAAACUUAUUCAGUGUCUAAUCACCGGGAGGAGUUAGAGGGGGAAGACAAGGAGACUACACAGGAUGUAAAAGCAGUGUCUGGUGCAGCAUUUUCUCCAGAACCAGAAGCCAGGAAGCCCAGUGUUUCAGAAAUUAGUACUGGAAUAGCUGAAGCAAUUGAAGAUUCUCUGAGCAAAGCUGACGAGCCUGUAGAGGAAACAGUACCUGUCACUGCUGAUUCUUUAGCAAUGCAAACUACUUUGGAAGGAGAAACUCCUGAAAGUCUGGAGAGACUGGAAAAAUCAACAGUAGAGGUGGAAGAUGAAGAUGACUUUGUUGAUUUGAAGGAGGAAAGUACUAUGCCUUUACCUUCAGAAGAGCUCGCAGAAACAAACAAGGAAUGUAGCUCUAAUGAAAGCCAAGUGACAAAACUGGAAAAAGCAGUAGAGAAGCAACUGGAGUCUGUGCUUUUAAAAUCUGAAGAUACUGAGGGUGUGGAUGGGAAAAAACAAGAACUGACUUCUUUACCAGAAACAGUGAGUUCUUCAAGUGAAGAAGUAGCGACUCAACCGAGUUCAGAAGGGAAAAAGAAGCUGGAGGAAAAAAAGAUUCCUUUUACUGAAACUAAAACAACUGAAGAAAAUGCAAAUGCGCGUGUGUCAGAGCCUGCUGGAGCCCCUGACAAAAGAAUCACCAAGCUUGAUGUUUCUAGUGUUGCAUCAGAUACAGAAAAACUGGAACUGAAAGCUAACACGUGUCUAGAAGCACCUUUACCCCCUAGAUCCAUACCUGAGACCUCAAGGCAGCAAGAUUCUUCAGGACAAGAGGUAGCUGCUCCAUCAGAUGGGCGGAGAAGAGACUCUAGGUCGACUGUGUUCCGUAUUCCUGAGUUUAAGUGGUCACUGAUGCAUCAGCGCUUGCUCACAGACUUACUGUUUUCCAUAGAAACAGAUAUACAGAUGUGGAGAAGCCAUUCUACAAAAACUGUGAUGGACUUUGUGAAUAGCAGUGACAAUGUCAUAUUUGUGCACAACACAAUUCACCUCAUUUCUCAAGUGAUGGACAACAUGAUCAUGGCUUGUGGUGGUAUAUUGCCAUUGCUUUCUGCUGCCACGUCCGCUACUCAUGAAUUGGAGAACAUUGAGCCAACUCAAGGGCUUUCAGUAGAAGCAUCUUUAACAUUUCUGCAGAGAUUAAUCAACCUUGUGGAUGUGCUAAUUUUUGCAAGUUCUCUUGGUUUCACUGAAAUUGAGUCUGAGAAAAAUAUGUCAUCUGGAGGAAUUCUGCGACAAUGUCUUCGUCUGGUAUGUGCAAUAGCAGUAAGAAAUUGCCUGGAGUGUCAGCAGCAUGCGCAGAUGAAGCCUGCUGGAGACAUUGGGAAGAACCAAAAAACGGUGCAGGGCUUUAUAGGAACAGGAAAGUCUGCAGCGAAGAGUCCAGUGGACAUAGUGACCGGUGGCAUUUCUCCAAUACGAGACCAUGACAGACUUCUACAGGAUAUGGAUAUUAAUCGACUUCGAGCAGUAGUGUUCAGAGAUAUAGAGGAUAGUAAACAGGCUCAGUUUUUGGCUUUGGCUGUUGUGUAUUUUAUUUCUGUGCUCAUGGUUUCGAAAUACAGAGAUAUACUGGAACCUCAGAAUGAAAGACCACCACCAAACCAUCGGCAGUCAUUGAAGGAAUCGGAGAAUGAAAACGGUACUCCUGCUACAGAUGUGGAAAACCCAUCCACUGCUCUCGGUGUUUCAGCCUCCACUGAAGAUUCAGAAAGUACAGCAUCUGUACGAAGAAGGGAUUCUGGUCUUGGGGAGGAACCAGCUUCAGGGCAGACAAACAGUUCUGGUAGUAUUGCUGAAGCAGAACCUGUGGAUGUCAGUGCAGGUCCAGAUGCAAUCAGUGAAGUACUAUGUACACUCUCAUUAGAAGUAAAUAAGUCUCAGGAGGGCAGAAGUGAGACAGGAACAGAGGAUAGUAAGCCUGCAAGUUCUCUGCCAGCUGCAAAAAAUGUCAAUGUCAAGGACAUCCUGAGAAGCUUGGUAAGCACACCAGCUGAUGGGACUGCAGUGGAUGCUGCUCUUCUGCCGCCGGCCUUCCUUGGAGUUCUUGGUGAUGGAGGUGCCGAACAGCCUGUACAGUUCCAUUCCUUUGACAGGAGUGUCGUCGUACCCUCAAAGAAAUCAACUGCUUCCUCUUCUGCAGCUGCUGUGGGUAUUCCUACAAAUGCUGUCAGUGUGGUUUCUUCUUUAGAUUCAACCCAAGCCCUCGAUUUGUCAGGAGAAUCUCCUGGAAGGGGAUCAUCUAACUCAAAACUGCCGUCUGUCCCUACGGUUUCUUCAGUGCCUGAGGAUUCUGCUUCAAAUAUGAGUAUUACAGACAGGCUUGAACAUGCUUUGGAAAAAGCUGCCCCACUCCUGAGAGAGAUUUUUGUGGAUUUUGCUCCCUUUCUUUCUCGAACUCUUUUGGGCAGCCAUGGGCAGGAGUUGCUGAUAGAAGGUACAAGUCUUGUGUGCAUGAAAUCUAGCAGUUCAGUUGUGGAGUUGGUGAUGCUUCUUUGCUCUCAGGAAUGGCAGAACUCUAUACAGAAGAAUGCUGGCCUUGCCUUUAUUGAGCUUGUCAAUGAAGGAAGGUUGCUGAGUCAAACCAUGAAGGACCAUUUGGUAAGAGUGGCUAAUGAAGCAGAAUUUAUCUUGAGCAGACAGAGAGCAGAGGAUAUUAACCGCCACGCUGAAUUUGAG